AUGGCUAUAUAUGAGGGUAUAAAUCUUGCUGCUUCCUUAGGGCUCUCAAACCUGCUUGUUGAAUCUGAUUCAUUAAUUGUUAUUAACAUUCUUUCUGAGAGCAUGAGUUGCCCUUGGAAUUUGAUCUACUUGAAGAGAGCUAUAGCCAAAAAUUGUAUGUCUCUGGACAUCAACUUCAAACAUGUAUACAGGGAGCUCAAUGGUGUUGCAGACUUCGUAGCUUCCAAAGCUUCCAAUAGUAAAGUUUCUACAGUCUAUGACAAUUUUUGUAAUCUCCCUCCUACUGUUAAAGGUCUGCUCCAGAUGGAUAGAUUGGGGAUCCCAGCUUUUCGUAUUAGAAAAUAG